UGUCACCUCUCACGUGCGUGCGAUCUGUUUCUGUUUACGUUUCACGCGGCGAAAGAUCUUCAGUUCGGUUUAGGAAAUUUUUAAAUUGGAUUCGAUUUCAAGAGUUAAAUAUGGAAGAUUCCAAUUCAUUGGAAAAACUGAAGACCAUCCGUGAGGGAAGUGCUGAAAUUCUGGUAGCCGAACACGUUUUCUACAACCCGGUUCAGGAAUUCAACCGCGAUUUGAGCAUCAGUGUUCUGUCGACGUUUUCGCGGAUAUACCAACGGGAGAAGGCCGAAACUCGCCGCAAGAAAGCCAAGGAAGGUGACCCACCUGUGGAGCAGGUGGCGAUUGUGGCCGGGGAAAAGUGUGAGGAUGGUCUUAGAAUUCUGGAAGCCCUGUCGGCAACAGGUCUGCGCAGUGUCCGAUAUGCGAACGAAGUUCCGGGAGUGAAGGAGAUCAUAGCCAAUGACCUUUCGAAGUCUGCCGUUGAGUCAAUCGAGAAGAACGUUAAGCACAAUAAGCUGGAACAUUUGAUCACUCCUAGCUUCAACGAUGCAAUGACACUGAUGUAUACGUCAACCCAUCCGGACAAACGAUUCACAGCUAUCGAUCUGGAUCCCUACGGCCAUCCAACGCGCUUUCUCGAUGGUGCUGUGCAAUCUAUCGAAGACGGAGGCCUGCUGCUCAUUACGGCCACGGAUAUGGCCGUCCUGGCGGGGAAUUCCCCGGAAGCAUGCUACGUAAAGUACGGAUCCGUUCCGCUCAAAACGAAGGCAUGCCAUGAAAUGGCCCUAAGAAUACUGCUACGAUGCAUCGAAACGACGGCCACUCGCUACGGUCGAUACAUGGUUCCUCUGCUGAGCAUUUCUGCGGACUUUUACAUUCGAGUGUUUGUGAGAAUAUUCACCGGUCAGUACGCCUGCAAGAAGAGCAGCAGCAAGCAAUCGAUGGUAUUCCAGUGUACCGGCUGUGAGUCUUUUACUCUGCAACCCCUGGGAAUUCUUAAGCCAAACCCGACUGAGCAAAAUCCUAACCAAAUCAAGUUCGGCACUCCUAUCGGACCAUACGUGUCGAGUAGAUGCGAGCACUGUAAUCAUCAGCAUCACAUGGGUGGCCCCAUUUGGUCAGCACCUCUUUACGAUGUAGAUUUCCUGAAAGAAUUGCUCGAAACGGUUGAGAUGAAGCAGUUCAAGAAGCUCACCACUAUACGCAGAAUCUACGGCACACUGUCCGUCAUAAAGGAAGAACUGCACGACGUCCCGCUGUACUACACCCUGGAUCGUCUCUGCGGCAUCCUCAAGCUAGAAUCCAUCCCGAUGAUGAAGCUGCGAUCUGCUUUGCUACACGCUGGUUACCGAGUGUCGUACUCCCACGCUUCCAAGACUUCCAUUAAAACCGAUGCCCCGGUGUCGAUUCUGUGGGAUAUUCUUCGCUUUUGGCAGAAGAGCCAUCCCGUCAAGAAGGAACGACUGAUAGAGGGUACUCCGAUAACGGCCAUCUUCGCGAAGGAACCAACGGUGGAGUAUCGCUUGCACGACAUCCAUCCGGAUGCGAAUCCUCCGAGCCGUAAGGAAUCGCUCAGUCGCUUCCCGGAAAAUCCCGCUGCCCAUUGGGGACCCGGAACGCGUGCCACCUUGAUGGUCAGCGAUAAUAAAAUGAUGAAAAGCGUUAAAAACCAAAACAAGCGACGCAAGGAACAGGAUAUCGCCAAAAAGCAGCGACAGUCUUCGGGUGGUGACUCACCCGAGCGAAAGCACCCGAAAACGGAUCAAGGAAACGGGGACAAGGAAACGGAAGAGGUGGCAACUGCAGCGGCAGUUGAAGAAACAACCACCUGUGAAUGAAUCACAUUGCAGAUUCUCUUGUGUAGAGAAAACAUGCGCGUGGAGCGCGCCAAAACGCUGCAAGGCAACCGAAAUAUCGAUCAAUUAUGCAUUGAGUUUUUUGUGUCGUCACGCAACGUUUGUCCCGUUCCUGGCCGAAGAAUUUUGACACAUUCUUUUACACUUUUAUUAUAAUUGCGUUUGAAGUAUAAAAUUUAUUUUAGUUGCAAAACUUAUUUCAAUAAAUACACAUCAGAUUUCAUACGAACUCGAUUUCACUUUGUAUUGCUAACUCUCG